AGCAGUGGGUAGUGAAAGCAGCCAGCUUUAUGGCGGUGCACCGAAGUGAUCGGGACUGAGGGAAAGACUUUACCGCCGCAGCUUCCAUCCGUUUCCCCCAACUUCGAGCGGAGACUUUUAACUGGACAAGCGGAAAGUUUGCGCCGGAUUUACGGGAUUUAAGCCGCCGUGGAGAUUCUCGGUACUUCUUUGUGACACGCUCGGGGCGGCUCGGAGUAUCUGUACCCCCACCCCUCCUCCUCCUCCGCUGGCUGGCUGCUAGCCUCGGUUACCGCUGAUCAACAUGGUGGCCUGCUGGUGAGGAGAACCCCGGAGCUCCGUGAGGGGGAAUUUUCAGUAACUCCAUCCGCAGCCCGAACCGUUUGCGGCGGCAGACACCAAGGCUCCGGAGACGUUACCUUCCCGGUGGUGGUUUUAUCCGCGUGUUUGUUUGGUGUCUGUGGCUCAAACGGCGGUUUUGUGGCCGAUAAAAGAGCGUGUUCUGUGGACCGUGGGUAAUUGGAGUUAACCUGAAAAAAGUUCCCACCAGACCGCCUGAAAGUUUCCCGACACGUUUGAAACCACACCGGACAACUGUGAAGGAUUAAUUUAAGCAUUUUUAUUUUCUUUAAUGACGGAUGCUGAUGAUUUGGUGAGCAAGUGCAGCCUCCUGGACCAUUUCCAUCCUCUGAAAUCCUUCUCAUUUUUAAGGUUCUCUUUCUGGGGAUUAUUAUUCUGGAUUAUGGCAUAAUCCGAACCGCAGCAGGCCUGCUGAUUUGGAAGUGAAGAUCUGUUUUUUUGUUGUUGAUGAUGAUGGUGGUGGUGGUGAUGACAGAGAAAAGCGAUAGUGUCCCUUCCCUAUGAUUCUGCCUAGAGAAGAGUUCAUUACAUGGAGACUCGCCUGACAUGCCGAGGAAGGAGUUGCCACUACCACACGGUUGGGAGGAAGCCAAAGACUUUGAUGGGAAAAUUUACUACAUCAACCACAUUGAACAGUCCACCAGCUGGAUCGACCCUAGAGACAGGCAGACAAAGCCUCUGACGUUCGCUGACUGCAUCGGAGAUGAGCUGCCGGUGGGCUGGGAGGAAGCUUACGACCCCGUCGUCGGAGCGUACUAUGUCGACCACAACACCAAGCGGACCCAGCUGGAGGACCCACGGGCCCAGUGGCAGCGGGAGCAGGAGGCCAUGCUCCGAGACUACCUUGCUGUGGCCCGGGAUGCGCUCAGCGCGCAGAAGGAGAUCUACCAGGUGAAGGAGCAGCGGCUGCAGCUGGCGCAGCAGGAGUACCGGCAGCUCAACGACGCCUGGAGGGACAAGUCCUCGUCACAGACGAGCCUAAAUUCCAGGUCGUCCUCAUCCAGCAAAUACGACCCAGAUAUCCUCAAAGCGGAAAUUGCCACAGCCAAAAGUCGAGUGAACAAGCUGAAGCGGGACUUGGCCUCUAUGAAGCAGGAGCUGCAGUACAAAGAGCAAGGCUUCGAGACGCUCAUAGAGAUUAACCAGAAAGUAUCCAACAGCCCAUCCGGCUACAAGCUGCAGGACGCGCAGGCCAUCCUCAACGAGGUCCGCUCCAUUCGAGACGCCAUCAGCUCCGGAGAAAAGGAGAAGCAGGAGCUCAUGCAGAAACUGGCCGUGUUGAAGGAUGGCUUCCGGCUGGAUUCUGGCUCCCAACAGGAGCUGUGGGGCAGCAGUCCAUCGCUCGCCAUCUCCGAGACGUCCAUCCCUCGCCUCUACUCAGACGUCGGAUCCCAAACCGACCUCCCAGCUGAGUUUACGACCAGCAGCAACAAACUGGCAGAAAAAGUUCGUCUGAGCCUGAAGUACGAUGAGGCAAAGAGAAGGAUCGCCAGCAUCGAGGUGCAGAUCGCCAAACUGGACAGCGAGGCGUGGCCGGGCCUGCUGGACCCGGAGCGGGACCGCCUCAUCCUCAUCAACGAGAAGGAGGAGCUGCUGAAGGAGCUGCAGUAUAUCAGACCACGGAAGCGGCUGGAGCCCAACGAUGCAGAGAAGCUGGAGACGGAGAAGAAACGCCUGGAGAGAGACCUGCAGGCUGCCAGAGACAACCAGAGCAAGGCGCUGUCCGAGAGGCUGCGACUCCACUGCAAGAGGAGCGAGUUGGUGCGGGAGCUGGAGGAGACGGUUCGACUGGCCACGUCUCUGCAGACGCAGCUGAGGAGCCUGUCGGCCAGCACUCUGUCCUGUUCGUCUGGCAGCAGCCGCGGGUCGCUGGCAUCCAGCCGCGGUUCGCUUGCCACCACAUCCAGCCUUGGCUCCGCCUCCUCCCUCAGCUUCACCGACCUCUACCUGGAGCAGCCUGAGCUGGCCGACCCGGACCUGCGCAGCAAGCUGGACAGCCUCCUGCAGGACGGCGGCCCUGUCGGCUACCGGCCCUCCAGUUCCAUCACCACCAUCCACGAGCACGAGGUGGUGACGGGCUGCGGCCAGCGCUGCGCCGAGCGGUCCGAUGAUGCCGGGCCGGGCGGCGCCGAGUCUUCCCGGGUCCAGGCCCUCAGGCUGUCCGAAACGCCACGCUCCAUGAACUCGUUGUCUCCACGCUCAUCUCUGUCGUCGCUGUCGCCGCCAUGCUCGCCGCUGGUUUCGGACACCACUUUCCUGUCGGGGGAGACGGGGCCCGGCGGGGUUGGACUGGACCUGGAGCUGCGCAGCAGGCUGGCAGAGCUGGAGCUGGAUCCCGAGGAGCAGCGGAGAGAGCAGCUGGAGGACAAGCAGAACCUCAACAAUGUCCUUGGAGAUGAGGGCAAAGGUGCUCAGACUCGAGGGGCGGGGCCAAAGAAGAUGGGUGUGACCUCAGCUGUAUCCGAUGAGUCAGUGGCCGGUGAUAGUGGAGUUUACGAACCAUCAGAACGCAAGCCAGGCCUCCCUACAGAACUCCUCCUGAGCUCCUAUGAGGACCGGUCUGCUUCCGGCUGCUCCCAGGUCCAGCUCGGCUUCCGCUACGAAUCCAGAGACCAACGCUUCAUCGUCUCUAUCAUACAGCUGUCUAACUGCAGUGCCCUCUUUAUGCCGGCUGAUCAGAAAAUGUACGUCCGCGUGGCGGUGCUGCCACCCAUUCAGGCCACCUGCUGCCUCUUCCGAACACGAGGCCUGCUCCCUCAGGACGUGGUGGCCAUCAAUGAGGUGUUCGGCAUGCAGACGUCACACAAUGGAUUGCGGCAGAAGACCCUCAGGGUUGACAUCUGUAACACCAGCAAGUCGGGCCAUGAGCAAUGUCUGGCCGGAGCCCAGAUCAGCCUGGCUGAUGUCAGCUGUUCAGAGGAGCGAUGCACCAAGUGGUACAACCUGCUGAGUCGCCUCCACAUGUCUGAGAUUAACAACAAGGACAAGGAAACAAGAGCACAGGGCAGCUCUGGCAGGACACACGAAGGAGUCCAGCCUCCUGAGACUGAUGAGUGGCAAGGCGAUCCUCUUGAGGUAGACAUGUCUGAUGAAGAGGAAGAAGAAAAUGAUGAGGAGGGUGUGGAAACUCAGGAUGAAGAGGAAGAGUUUUACCCUGACAACAGUCAAUGGGUUGGAGAGAAAGAGGAGAAUGAAGAGGAGCAGAAGGUGGCCAAAUCCACUCCCACGGCACCCAUCACUGAGAAGGUCAACAAAGAGACAAGCAUUGACAAUUUGUCAGCAUGUCAUCAGUGGUCGGUGGUUCGACCCAAGGAGCGCCGUCCUGACUUCCACCAGCAGAACCCCUUUAUGAGGGGCAACACCAUCAUCCGCUCCAAGACUUUCUCCCCUGGACCUCAGAGCCAGUACAUUUGCAGGAUUAAUCGCAGCGACAGCGACAGCUCCACACUCUCCAAGAAGUCUCCGUUUGUCAGAAAUGCCUCAGAAAGACGCAGCAUGCGCAUGAAAAGGCCUGCAGUGCAGGUGAAAGGUCUGGACGGUCUCCUCCGCACUUCCCUGGACCUGGAGCUGGACCUGCAGGUGUCCCGGACACGGCAGACCCGGCUGACUCAGGAGCUGCGGGUUCUGCGGGAGCUGAAGAUGCAGCUGGAGAAGGCAAGGCAGCAGGGACAGAGGGAGCUGCCUGCCUGGGUCCAAGAGGACGAGCGCUUCCGUCUGCUCCUCAAACAGGCUGAGAAACAGGUUAGAAAACCCACCAGACAGGAGAACGAUCCCACUAAGGGAACAGCAGUUUCAACAUCUUCUCUGUUUCAGACUCGAGAGGAGCAGCUGCAGGAGAAACGGGUAGAGAAGAUGAUGAAGGCAGCAGCCAAGGACGUCCACAAGAUCAGAGGACAGAGUCGGAAAGAACUGUCUGAGGUCCAGACCUUUAGAGAGAAGAUUGCGUUUUUGACGCGAGCAAAGACCAGCAUCCCCGACCUGCCGGCCGACGACGUGUAGAGAAGCAUUUCAAAGUAUCUUUCUCCUCUGAACCUGUUGCUCCCUCGCUGCAGGGCGAACUCUUGCUGGUAUCGUGAAGAGUUAAAAACAUAUUGGACACAAAAAAAGACAACUCAAAACGGUGAAGAAACACAUUUUAAAGCAGCUCAGCACUUCUCAUGUGGAUAGUCGGUACAUGUAAGAUGGCUCUGGAGCGCCUCCAUCUUUAUUUUCUGUUUUGUUUCUGUUACUAACCAGCUGGUUUUAGUUGUUUGAAGUCAUUCCAGCAAAAAGAAUCUCAGACUUUUAUACUAAACUCACACAAAUAAUGUACAUAAGUAGCGCAAAAUUAAAUCAACAAUGGUACUAGAGUUCAGUUUACACUGAUGACGAAUCAAAACAAAUCUGAAAAAUAUUUAAUAUUCACACUUUAUUUUUAGAGCAUUUAGAAAAUUGUAUAUGCAAACACACAAGCACAGUGUUUCUUUUUUUGUUUUUAUUAUGUUUUUGCUGCAGACGUGAAGAAAACAUCUCUGUGUAUGAAUUUAAAGGCCUUGUGCUUGGUGCAUCUUGUUUAUGCUAAGUGAGAGUUUUAAUCCUUUCCCCCCAAAACUACAACUCCCAAGGUGCAUUUCAGCAAGAAACAUCCUGGCGCAAGAUCUAAAGUUUCUCUUAAGUAGCAUGAAGCUGACAACAUUUUAACUGUUGUUUGGUCUUUGUGAGCUCCUGAUAGUUUGUUCUAAGAGUUGUUGCUAAGAGGGAUCCGAUUUUAGGUGUCAGAAGAGGUUUUUUCACAUUGAAUUCCGUUAAGGCCUGAAUAUUGUUUUUGUUUUUCUAUGAUAACUGUUAUAAACAUGCAUUUUUUCAAAAAGAAACAGCUCCUAACACGUACGUGCUGCAUUCAUCUUUGGGCAAAAGAGAUGUGGUGAUUUUGUUGGCAAAAAUUACUUGGGACAUUAUUUUAGGAAUGUGACAAUAUUCAUUCAAACUUUUACAGUUAAAACAAAUCAAAAUUUGAACAUGGGUUCUGUAAAAUAUUUAGUGAAAGCAGCAGGUUUCUCUCAUUUGGAAAUCCCAGUGUUGUGGUUAUUGAAGUAGACUUGAUGAAGCCUCAAACACCUGCAAUUACCACAUUUGUCCACAGGUGUCACCAAAUUAUAUGACAGAGGUGCCCAAAGUCGGUCCUCAGGGGCCGGCAUCCUGCUUGUUUUAGUUCUCUCCCUGGUUUAACACACCUGGAUCAAAUGGUGGCUCGCCAGAAGAACACUGACAUGCUGAAAAGGUUGUUGGUACAACCAGGAAGAGAACUAAAACGUGCAGGAUGCCGGCCCUUGAGGACCGACUUUGGGCACCCCUGGAUUAAAACUCUCAUUUCUUCAGUAGAAUCUGCCAUUUUAACUUAAAACAAGCAGCAUUUAAGAUGAUUGUAGAACAUUACGAACCAACUCAGAGAGGAAAACUAGAGGUUAUUCGGGCUUUACAGACACACUCUUGGAAAAAUAAGCAUUUUGUCAAUUCAAUUAUCUAACCAGCUCAGCAAAAUGUAGAAACAACACUAACUCACUAACACUCAGGUAGUUUAUUGGAUAGUCUGCACUUUAUAAAACUUUAGGAGAAAAAAACACAAAAGGAACCUUGAUCUGAGGCUUUUUAGAAGCCUCUUCUUCAUGCUGGAUGAUUAUUGAUUGUUGAAACAUGCAGGAAGUGAAGAUCAAAAUGUAUUUUUGAUGACUGUGAAUUGUAUGUUUGUUCACAAGAGAAAAAAAUCUUCCAGUCAGCCCAUAGGGACAUAAAGGUUCUCUUUAGAGACUCCUUAUUUCUUUCUGACUGAUUGGUCCCGUUUUAUCAGUCUUAACUUUUGGCUCCAUCCUGCCAUGUUUCCCUAUUAUAACUGGAGUAUUUAUGUACAUAUCACUUUGAUGUGUUUUAUAACUGGAAGUAAAAAUGUUUUGCACCAAUAUAAUAAACAUAUCACCUUUUUAUUUUUUCUGGCCCUAACUGGACCAUUAAAUGCCUCUUUACUGCAGCUCUUUCAGCUUGUUUAGGUUUCACAGCCCAUGCCGUUAGGGUUUUUGAUCUCUUCAUUGGUUGCCUGUUUUACUGUUUACACAAAAAUUAAAGGCAUAAUUAAGGAUGUUUUUUUCUUUUGUUGUUGUGGGGUUCUUCAGAGUAGUUAUCGGUAAUGACCUGAUGGCUUUUUUUUCUGUAGAAGGCAAAAACUUAGCUGAAGUGUUUGAGGAAAGAUUCUCAUGCUUCAUCCAAUUGAAUGCAUGGCAGAAUGACUGAUUUAAUUAUAUUUAUAUAUUUGAAAGGGACAUGCACAUUAAUUAACAUUUGCAAAAGGCACAGAUGCAAAUAUGCCAGAUUUAGUAGAAUUUUCCAAAUUUUUGUCCAUUGUCCCUGAGCAGGUAACAUUUUACAAAUUCAGCUAAAACAUUAAUUCAUGUAUAAUAAAUGAAGAGUCAAAUGAUGCAGUAGCAUAAAGUAAAUGGUAUAAAAUGGUUGGUGCUGAGUGCAUUUUGCAAUUUGAUUGGAUGGAUGGAAAAUUGUGGAUGAUAGAUGAUAAAUUGGAUGGAUGGUAACUGGAUGGAUGAAUGUAGGGAUGGUAAAUUAGAUGGAUGGUUAAAUGUUAAAUUAAUUGGUGGAUGAAUGGAUAGUAAAUUGGAUGGAUGGAUGGCAACUUUCUUGCGAUAUUGAACAACAUUUCAGACAAAAAAAAAUUGGGCCAAAAUCAGAAUCAGCAAGUUAGGCUCUUUAAAAGAUCGGUAACCGGCGAUCGGCCAGAAAACGGCAAUAUGUGUACUCCUAUAAAUUUGGCAGAUGGAUGGAUGAUAAAUCGGUUGGAUGGAUGCUAAAUUGGAUGGAAAGAAUUUUCGGUUGGAUGGAUGAUAAAUCGGAUGGUUGAAUUGUAAAUUGAUUGAUUGGAUUGAUGGGUGGUGAAUUCAGUUAACGUCCUAUCCUGAAUAGACGUGAUGUUGAGAGAUUUUCUCUGUUUUCUAGAAACUCGUUUGACUUUAGUCGUUCUGCAGGUCCUGAGUCUAUAACUGCUCUACAGGUCCUUCCUUUAACCAACCACAGCUUCUCUCCAGCGGAUGAGCAGCCUAAAAAAUUGCCACUGAGGAGACAUGAACAGCCUAGAAUCUGCUGCUAGUGGACCCAAAUACUGUCUGCUGCCCCAUAGUGGUGAACAGACCCUGGUCUGUGUUUUAAAACUUCAUGCCUUGCUGCUACAGUCAUUCUGAUCCCUGCUUUUAGAUGAACGGCAUUGAAGAAUUGGAAAGAUUAGAUCCUGUAAAUGUUUUCAUUUCAUAUUAGAACUAAAAUAUUUACACUCUGUUGUGAUGAAAUCCAGAGGUGUUAAAUGUCUUUAUUCAGUAGAUAAACUCUAUUCCUCCUCACAGGAAAAUAAGACCUUAUCCUUGUCUUCCUCACUGAACACAAUGGCAUAAACUUUUACCUUUUCUUUUAUAUACUUUUUAACCACAAACAGGUUUGUUUUCUGAAUGUGGUCAGUCUUGUAUAGCACAUAAAUGAACUUAUGAACCAUAAACAGACUUAUAACAACCAGGAUGAAGGAAUGUCGGCUUUCCCAAGGAAUCACAGUAAAUCAUGUAGCUUUUGUAUAAUUGCAGCUUUUUUUGGUCACAUUUGAUUAUGAUUUUGUUUUCUAAUAGUCCGUAUUAUGACUGCUGAUGAACCAGGUGACGUGUUUGCUGACGACUAUGACAACCAUAUGGCGUGUAUUUAUUGCACUUUUGUGAUUUGGGUGUGCUUUUUUCCCUCCAGUUUUGUUCUUUUUAUCAAAAGUCCAGAAAAAGCUGUGAAUUUUAUUCUCAGACACUGUAACUGUUGAUAAGAGUUGUAAAUAUUUCACCAGCACAAAAAAUGAAGAUGGCAGACAAAACACAAACACUAUGUUUCGUAGUUUCACAACAAAAAUAAAAAAAAUGUUUUUCUCUUAUAA